CAGGGUAGAUAAUUCACUUUGACAAUUCAGAAGGUAGAUACUUGAGACGAAUUGGAUCAUAAAACCAGGCAAAAUGGCAGAAGGUGUAGUAAUGGACGCGGUGGUUCAGGUUCUUGUUAGAGAUGUGACUGAUGCUGUCUAUGUUCAUGGUCAGUAUGUUUUUGGAUUUCAAACUCAGUUUGAGGAUAUGAAACGUGAACUUUCUCUCAUGCGGGCAUUCCUCACUGACACGGAGAAGAUCAAAGGGAAAUAUAAAACUCUUAAGCCAAUAUUGGAUGAUCUGAGAAAAUUAGUAUAUGACGCUGAUGACUUGGUGAUGGAUUGCAUAAUUCGAGCGAAGUACUGGAAGAGCAAAGGUACCUCCUCUUCCUACCAUCUAUCUCCUCGCGAACUGUUAUUCCGCUAUCAAACAGGAAGGAAGUUGACCUGCGUUAACAAGCGAAUUGUGCGACUGAAAGGGGAUUUGAAUUCCUAUCUUACACCAGUUAGUCGCACCAGUGAAGGGAGUAGCAGCAAAAGACGGUUUAAUUUACCGGUUUUCAACCAAUCUGAUGUAGUUGGGUUAACAGAAGAUGUUGAAACUAUCAAAGGGUGGAUUUUCCUUGAUCACAAGGAGGAAUUACAUCGCAUUGGUAUUGUGGGGAUGGCGGGCUUGGGCAAAACUACCAUUGCCCAAAAGAUCUUCGAGGAUAAAGACGUAAUUGCUCGAUUUAAGGAGAGAAUUUGGGUGACUGUAUCUCAAAAUGUCGACGAGAAUGAAAUCGUGACAAAUAUCUUGGAUGAUUUAAAGGUAAAUGAUAGAUCCGGUAACUUGCUGCUCAAAAUAUCCGAAGUGCUUACCAAGAAAGCUUACCUAAUUGUCAUGGAUGAUGUAUGGAAAACUGGCACCUGGUGGGAAAAGAUCUCAAGUGGACUUCCAGAGACAAAGGAGCAAAGCAGUUGCAUCAUAAUUACAUCAAGAAAUGAGGAUGUCUUGAAAGGAAUGGGAGUUGUGGAAGAAAGAAUUCAUCGGCCCAAGCUUCUAAAUGAAGAAGAGGGUUGGUCAUUGUUCUGUAAAGUUGCCAAAGUGAAUUCCGCGUUAGAAGAAACAGGGAAGAACAUUGUGAAAAAGUGUGGCGGCCUUCCGCUAGCAAUCAAGACAAUUGGAGGUUUGCUAAAAUCAAAAAAUCAGAUUUUAAAGGAGUGGGAGCGGAUUUAUCUAAAUUUUCAUGCAAAACUAGAAGAAAAAAGCAAUAGUUCUUUAGCAGAAAGCAAUAGAUCAUCGGUUAUGGCUUCUUUGCAGCUAAGCUAUGAUGAGCUUCCUACUGAUCUAAAGCAUUGUAUCCUUUGCUUCUCAAUAUAUGCGGAAGACUACGAAAUUAGUGCUGAGCAAUUGGUUCGCUGGUGGGUGGGGGAAGGUUUUGUCCGAGACGAAGGCACGGAAACUGCAAGAGAUGUAGCGUAUGAAAACCUGUCCGAAUUGAUCAGCAGAUGCUUGGUUGAAGUUGUUCAACGAAGGAAUUAUGAUGGAAAAGUCUAUAAUUGCAAAAUGCAUGAUCUGGUUCGGGAUUUGACAAUUAAAAUUGCCAGGGAAGAGGAUUUCAGCAGCUUUGACAAAGGAAAUAGGCAGGUACCUACUGUAAAUACUCGCCGGUUAAGAGUCACAGGUGAAAUGGAUCUCCAUGCCCUAGAUGGAAACUCAAAGUUAAGGGCAUUAUUAUGUAUGCCCAAUUGUUCGAUUCGCCUAAAUAGGAGCCGUGGGUUGGCCAAAGUCAGGUCUCUCCGGGUUUUGGACUUCUCGCACAUUAAGCUGGACAAAAUUUCUUUAGGGGAUCUAUGGCGUUGGAUCACUUCCCAGAAACGCCUAGCUUACUUAAACCUUCGCAAUGCAGCAAAAUUGGUUGAACUGCCAGACUCAAUUGGAAAGUUAUGGGCCCUCCAGAUUUUGAUCCUUGGUGAAUGCAAGAACCUAAAAAAGGUAUCUGUAUUAAUAGCUACUCUUUCAGAACUAACGGUUUUGGAUGUUGGGAAUUGUCCAUUGCUCCAGUGCCUGCCCCAGGGACUUUCUAGACUUUCCAAUCUUCAAGAGCUGUAUGGAUUCAAAAUAGCCAGUUCAACAGAUACAAAAGGCUGUCACCUUGGUGAGCUUAAGGAUCUACCCAACCUUCGGGUGUUGCAGGUAGACAUAAAGGAAGAAAGCAUAAUCAAGGUUGAGGAAGUGACAGUGUUAGCACAACUUAAUCACCUAAGGGUGUUGUCAAUCAAUGCUGGGGACUCUGAGGACAAGGACAUCCUAAGAAAGCUUGAUAUGCUUUGCCUUCCAACCUGUCUUGAAGAGCUGUAUUUGCGGCAUUACUUUGGAGAAAGUACACCACAAUGGAUGAACCCCACUUCACUCCCUCAACUUCAAUAUCUUUGUAUUGAAGACUCCAAGGUUCUCAGCAACAUAAACAAUGACUUCUGGGGCAAGGAAGACAAGACUUGGAAAAUAGUAGGGUUGUGCUUGAAGUUUUUGCCAAAACUGGAGGUGGAGUGGUCACUGGUGCAGAGGGGGAUUCCUUCACUGAGGUUCGUGGAGGUGAGUCACUGUAACUCGUUGAAGUCAUUCCCUUGCAAUGUCGAGGGUCUAGGAAUUUGGAGGAGAGUGGAGAAAGAUAAAGUGGAAGAGGAAAAGGAAGAGAUCAAAGAGGAAGAGAAAAAGGAAGAGACCAAGGAGGAAGAUAAAAAGGAAGAGAUCAAGGAGGAAGAGAAAAAGGAAGAGAUCAAAGAGGAAGAAAUCAAAGUGGAAGACAACUGCUGAGAAGAUACCUGUCGCAAGGAAGAAUGCCACAGAGCACGGCAGGAGUGAGAAACUACCAUUUCCCUUCCUUAUAGUACUUUUAUAGUCACACGAGUGUAUAUCUUGAAUUGCUUUGAGAACUCUCCAGUUCGAUGUAUUUGUUAUUGCAUGCAUAUUGGUUACUGUCUAUAUUUCUAUGUAUUGCUAAGCUCUGUAUGUUAUGGUUUAUGAACAGUUUGAUGCUUUGAAGUGUUAAAUGCAAGCUUGAUAAUGUAAUGG